AUGUGUCCCCGCUCCCGGGCAGGCGGCGGAGACCCGCGCCCGGGGCCGCUGCCCCGGGGAAAGCGGGAGGGGAGGCCCGGCCCCCUGCGGGCUCCCCCGCCCCGGGACCUCGAUGACCCCAUCAUCUCCGCAGCAGUUAGGGCUGAUGACAGUAAUUCAUCUUUGGAGAGCAACUUGGAGGGCCUAGCUGGUGUUUUGGAAGCUGAUCUGCCAAAUUACAAAAGCAAGAUACUAAGAAUACUAUGUACUGUUGCACGUCUGUUACCAGAAAAACUUACUGUUUACACAACACUAGUUGGGUUGCUGAAUGCCAGGAACUACAAUUUUGGUGGAGAAUUUGUAGAAGCCAUGAUUCGUCAGCUUAAAGAAUGUCUGAAAGUCAAUAUGUAUAACGAAGCUGUGCAUUUAGUUCGUUUUCUGUCUGAUCUUGUGAAUUGUCACGUAAUAGCUGCACCUUCAAUGGUAGCUAUGUUUGAGAAUUUUGUGAGUGUGACACAGGAGGAAGAUGUACCCCAAGUGCGGUGUGACUGGUAUAUGUUUGCAUUUCUGUCUUCUUUGCCUUGGGUUGGAAAGGAGUUAUAUGAAAAAAAGGAUGCCGAAAUGGAUCGCCUCUUGUCUCAGACAGAAAGCUAUUUGAAACGCCGUCAGAAGAUCCAUGUACCCAUGCUCCAAGUCUGGACUGCUGAUAAACCACAUCCACAAGAAGAGUAUUUAGACUGCCUUUGGUCUCAGAUUCAGAAGUUGAAAAAAGACCGGUGGCAAGAACGGCACAUUCUGAGGCCCUACUUGGCUUUUGACAGCAUUCUUUGUGAAGCGCUGCAACACAAUCUGCCUCCGUUCACUCCUCCACCUCACACCGAAGAUUCAGUGUACCCAAUGCCAAGGGUUAUAUUUAGGAUGUUUGACUACACAGAUGAUCCUGAGGGCCCUGUCAUGCCUGGCAGCCACUCUGUUGAACGAUUUGUAAUAGAAGAGAACCUUCACUGCAUCAUCAAAUCCCACUGGAAAGAGAGAAAGACUUGUGCUGCACAGCUGUUGAGCUAUCCAGGAAAUAACAAGAUCCCCUUGAACUACCACAUAGUAGAGGUAAUAUUUGCAGAAUUGUUUCAACUUCCAUCUCCACCACACAUUGAAGUCAUGUACACAACGCUCCUGAUUGAACUGUGCAAACUUCAGCCUGGCUCUUUACCACAAGUUCUUGCACAAGCCACAGAAAUGCUCUACAUGCGUUUGGAUACAAUGAAUACAACAUGCGUGGACAGAUUUAUUAACUGGUUUUCUCACCACUUGAGCAACUUCCAGUUCCGUUGGAGCUGGGAAGAUUGGUCAGAUUGUCUUACUCAGGACCUUGAAAAGCCUAAACCCAAAUUUGUGAGAGAGGUUUUGGAAAAGUGCAUGAGACUCUCCUACCAUCAGCGAAUAAUAGACAUUGUUCCUGCAAGUUUUUCUGUCCUCAGUCCUGCUAAUCCAGUGUGCAUUUACAAAUAUGGAGAUGAAAGUAAUAGGUCUCUUCCUGGAUAUACUGUGGCACUCUGUUUAACAAUUGCAAUUAAAAAUAAGGCCAGCAAUGAUGAAAUCUUCAGCAUUUUAAAAGAUGUGCCCAAUCCAAACCAGGAUGAUGAUGAUGAUGAAGGGUUUACCUUCAACCCUCUGAAAAUAGAAGUCUUUGUUCAGACUCUGCUCCAUCUAGCUGCAAAGUCUUUCAGCCACUCCUUCAGUGCCCUGGCAAAGUUUCAUGAAGUCUUCAAAACACUUGCUGAAAGCGAUGAGGGGAAACUCCAUGUUCUGAGGGUUGUAUAUGAGGUUUGGAAGAAUCAUCCACAGAUGAUUGCUGUGCUUGUGGACAAGAUGAUUCGGACACAAAUUGUUGACUGUGCUGCAGUAGCAAACUGGAUCUUCUCUUCAGAGCUUGCACAUGAUUUUACUAGGUUUUAUAUCUGGGAGAUCUUACAUUCCACAAUUCGUAAGAUGAAUAAACAUGUUCUGAAGAUUCACAAGGAACUGGAGGAGACUAAGGCAAGAUUGGCCAGGCAGCACAAAAGACGAGACAGUGAUGAUGAUGAUGAUGACGAUGACCGAAGCAGCGAUCGGGAAGAUGGACCGCUAGAAGAGCAGAUAGAGCGCUUGCAGGAGAAAGUAGAGUCAGCCCAGAGUGAGCAAAAGAAUCUCUUCCUUGUUAUAUUCCAGCGUUUCAUUAUGUUGUUAACUGAGCACUUAGUGCGCUGUGAGACUGGUGGAAUUGAUGUAUUUACACCUUGGUACAAGAGCUGUAUAGAGAGGUUGCAGCAGAUCUUCCUGCAGCAUCACCAGAUAAUCCAGCAGUACAUGGUGACCCUAGAGAACCUCCUGUUUACAGCUGAAUUGGACCACCACAUACUGGCUGUGUUUCAGCAGUUCUGUGCUCUGCAGGCCUGAGGAUUAUUGACAGGCAGAGUCUUGUCUGCAGGACUUUAAUGAAUUUUUUUUUUUUUUUUUUUAUUGGGAAAACUUGACAUGGGGAUAGAAGAAAUUUUUGACUAAAACUGGCUUUCAUGUGCUCCUAUAUAAAACAAUACAGUACUCUGACCAACAGCAAACUGUGUAAGCAUCAUAAGCCUUACAAGAUAUGACUGAUAGGGGAUAGAUGCAAAGCAAAGUAUGAAUUCUUUUUGUUGUCUUCUAACUUGGUUUGACUCUCGACUUCAUGAUAGUAUUUUUGUUUCUCCCCAGUUGUUUAUAUAAAAAUAAAAAUCGGGAAAAAACAAACAAACAAGAAAACCCCAAACAAUAGAAUUUGUUACCUCUGCCUGGCCCUUAAAUCAAAGGAAUUGCAGAAAUGAGAAACAGUUCAUAGUGUUUUGUGAGUAUGAAAGGGAAUGGACCUUCUCAAUGAGCAGUGUGGUAAGUUCUCUAGUAUGGCACAGGAAAAGUGUCUUAGCUUUGGGCAUGUGAAACACUUGAGUUAAGCUUUCAAAGUAGUAUAGAGCAUAUGGAUUUGUUUAUUACCAAGCCAGCUAGAUUUUCACAGUUCAAAAGAACAUGGUUGUAAUACAAUUGAAGUAUGUUUUUGAAAUGUAUUGUCUAGUGUCUUAUUACAGUAGCUACAAACAAUCGGUAGAGGAACUUCAUGGACAACUUCUGAAAAAUGCAAUCCUUUUUGCAGUAUAGUCGAAGAAUCAUUAACUGCUCCUGGCAGCAGUCGUCACUGGUAAAUAGAGACAGUAAGGAAGAGUUGGAGUGGAACAAACUUUAGACUUCCAUACUGCAAGCCUUACCUGGGUGUUGGGAACUCCAGCCCCAGAUGCUAGGGGAGAGAACAGGGCAGUGUUCAGCUUGUUCCUUUAUUUCAGCCUGUAACUAGUUGGGCUGCCAAGCUUGCGCUGGGCUGGGCCUGCAGUGGUGCCAGAAAUCUUUCUGGUAGCGGUGGUGGAUGAACCAAGUGCCCUUGCCUCAUCUGGCUUUGUAACAACUGCUUUGCAGUGGCUGCUUCUGCUGCCCUUCCCUUGCUUAAAAUGUAACAACAGCAUGUGGCUCCCAUGUCUUCAGAAAACAUUUUAAUGCUAAAUUAAGUGAUAUCUCACAGGAGACUUAGACUGGGAAAACACAGCCUGGAAAUAGAGUAGCCUUAGUUUUGAGUUACACAAAUAACAUUACAUACCUAAAUGCCAAGCCAGAGUGGUCUGUAUUAUGGUAAGCAGUGAUGAAUGGCAGAGACACUGCCUUAGGUGCUCAGGUCCAUCAGUCUGCAGUAUAUUUCCAAGCUGUUUAUGGUCUCUUCAUUUUGCAGAUGAAUGUUUAAAGAAUUUACAUGCCCAGUGCUAUUCAGUUCAAGCUUAGAAGGUGAUGAGCUUCGAGUAAUUUUGUUCCUGUACAAAUUAUUUUUUUCAAGUAUUAUACCUAGUGAUGCAUUUCAUCCAUACAUUGACCAAUUGACCUCCUGAUUCAACAAGGAGGGUAAAAAAUGGGACUUUCUACUUUGAGUGUUGAUUGACAUAAGUUUGUGUGUGGCCUGUAGCAAUCCGAUAUAUCCUCAUAGACUUAGAUCUGUUAUUUCUGCUUUCUCUGCUUACGCUUUCUGAUUUGACCAGUCCCUCUGCUCUUUCAGGGUAUACUGUUAAUUGUUGUAAAUUUGCUUUACGCAAGGGUUUUGUCAGUCAUGCAGAGACUUCUGCUUCAAAUAUUUCUCUGUUAAUGUUCUUGAGUAAUCAAAUAGUUGGUUUGGGGUUUGGUUUUUUUUUUUUUUUUUUUUUUUUUUUAAAGAAACGUUGAAUACUGUAGAGGUUUUAAUUGGGGUUUAAUAGUUUUUUCACCGGCUCGGAUCAGUAUCAGAGUUCUGGUAUUAACUUGUGGUGGGGGUCUGACUAUAAAUGUGACUUCUGUAAAACUGAUAAUGCAGUUAGAACUUGCAAGCCUGUAAAAGCCUGUACCUUCCUCUGAGCCUUGACAAAUACGGGUGCUGGAAAUCCAGUUGCAAAUGCCUGAGUGUAAUCCUGUGAUUUAAAACCAAAUAGCAAUGUCUUUCAAAAUUGUUUUGACUUCCAUGGUGAGCAUGGGCUUUGAUCAUAUUUCCUGAGUCUGUUGGACACCUUCCCCUCUAUGUAGGUCCAGUGGCGUACACCUGACUUGACUGGGAAACUGGUUGGAUCCGUAGGAAAAGAGAAUGAGACGCUUGCAUAGUGAUACCAGCAGCUAACUGGAGAAACUUGGAACUGCUGAAGCAUGAGGUGGUGGAUACUGUAAAGAUGCUAUAGAAAUGUGGUGUGGUUGAAAAAGAUGCACAAUUAAAGACAAAAAUAAAUGAAGGUGAAGCAGAUUGCUACUGGGAGUGUUUGUCCUGCCUAUUUUGGGGGGCCACUGAAGCAAAGCAGUCACGGCAGGGUUACGCUGGUGUUAAAUGCUGUCGGGUCUGGAGCAGUUUUGCUUUCCCUGCACUGUUGCUGGUACCCCGACUAACACACGCAAGCCUUCACCUCCUUGUGCUACAGGUUGAUCAAACACACUUCCCUCCCCUGCGCAGCCAAGGGAGGCAAGCA